UGUGCUUGAGUCAUGGUUGCAGCUGCAGCAGGCGCGGUCCAUCGUUACGCCUCCUCCUGUCUCUAGCAUGUGCAGAUGUGUAGAGCAGUGAAGCUUGCACCUGGUUUGGAGAGUAGCACCAUCUGGACUGGAGGGGUUGUAUCUCUCCUUUCUGUGCAGAGGAGGGAGAACUGGGCUGGGCAUGCGCCAGCCCGGCUCCCCUCUAGCGCCAACCCUCCUUUUGGGUGGCAGGGACUCCUUCUAGCAAACCAAGCAGCUGGAUCAUGCAAUGGAUGGAAGUCUAUGUGGAUUCAAGUGGAAUAGUGUACUGGUGCUCCGGUAUAGGUCAGAGUUCACUAGUGUGCACUGGACUUAUCAGGGGGAGACAGGAGAACCACAAACCAGCAGGGACACGGCACCAUUAAUGCUGUGGAAACAUCUGAACAAUGAUGAGCUCCAAAGAGGAGGAAACACUACGUUUUUUCCAAUAUGUCGAGGAGAAUGGGCUGAGAGCUUACAACGGCUUGGUAGCUCAGAACUUUGACCACGCCAGGAAUGACAAAAAUAAGGCUUUCCUGCUGGAGAAAAAGGACAAGAAGAGAAAACAGAAGGAAGCCAUAAGAAGGACUGGCGAGGACAUAGCAACUGAAGGCAAGCAUUUACGUAUGGGCUCCACUGCCAUGCCAGACCCUCAGGAGCGCACGCCUAUGCCUCUCCCUCAUGCCCUUGCCUGUGGGCAAGGCUUUUCCGUGCGCUCCCAGUCCCUAAAUUCUGUAGGUGGUGGGAACAGCGGGGUUGGAACAGAGGAGGAAGUUGGAAGCCCUACCUCUAGGAAGCAACCCCCACCCAAACCCAGGAGGGACCCUGCCACAAAGUUGAGCAUGUCGUCUGAGGAGGUGGACCACAAAUCCAUGUCCACCUGCCGUGGGGAGAGAUGUGCUGCACAAGGAUGCAGUGAGGAUUGUAGGAGGGUGCCUCCACCUAAACCGAAGAGGAACCCCAACACUCAACUGAGUGUUUCCUUUGAUGAAUCCUACAUCAAGAGCCACGGUGGCUCCACACCUUUCCACAGUGUCGGCUUACCCUGUGAACGCAACUCGUCGCCACCACAGAGUGAUGACAGCCCUACAGAUGACUGUGAAGAUGAACCUGUGUAUAUUGAAAUGGGUGGAAUAGACAUUGGAGCUCGAGAACCUCUGAAGAGUGAGGACGAGGAGCCAGGAGAAGCUGUGUACGAGGAGAUGAAGUACCCAGCUCUAGAUGAUAUGGAGUACCGUACUGAUCCUGUGGGGUGUCGCUCUGCGUGCCCCACCCCAUUACCCUAUGACCCCGAACCUCUCAGUCGUUGCUCCACACCUCGAAACAUUCCUCUUUGUGAUAUUCCCGCACCCUUCCCCAAUUUACUUACCCAUCGGCCGCCUCUGCUGGUGUUUCCCCCUGCACCCGUGCAGUGUUCUCCCAACUCUGACGAGUCUCCCCUUACACCGCUUGAUGUAGCCAAACUGCCCAUGCUGGAGAACCAGCCCUACAGCAAGUCCCCGACAUCCUCUACUGAACAACUGCCCUCAGCUCACAUACGCAGGGAGCUCACUGCCACCCCAACUCUCACUGUGUCUGGACGGUCUUCUGCACCCCCUCUACCCUGUACCCUGUACAAAACCUCCUCCACAUCCUCCUAUCAGCGCAGCCACUCAGCUUGCCCAUCGCCGGUCAGCAUAGGCCGCUGUCUCACCCCAUUGAGCCUCAUGCGCACACCUCCCUUUGAUGCUCAAAUGCAAUUUCCCGGGGGUUUGCCCCGGAGCGCCUCAGCCACGCCUCAUGGCAAAGGUUCACCACCACAAGAUAGUGCCGGGCGACUCCACGGCUCGAUGCAGAAUGUGUCAACAGGCCGUUCACGGACGCCCACCAGCCCACUGGAUGAACUAACCAACCUGUUCACCACAGGGAGAAACAUGCUAAAGAAAAAUUCCAGUGGAAGAAAAUCCAAAGAGCCUGGAGAAACUGAAUCCAAAAGCAAGUCUCACAGUGACUCCAAGCGUGAAGGUAAAGAACGCCACAGUCAUGGUCACAGCAAGGAGUCCAAGCGAGAUUCCAAAGACCACCACAGCAAAGAGUCAUCUCACCGGCGAGACAAAGAUAAAGACAGAGGGUCUGGCAAUGUGGAGCCCCUGCAGCACAGACGCAACAGCAAAGACCGUAGUUACAGUAUGACAGAACCACCGACAGGUCGCAGGGACAGCAGGGAUCAAGGCUGCAACAGUGUAGAACCCAUCCCUGUUAGACGGGACUCCAAAGACAGGGGCUAUAGUUCCUUAGAGCACAUUCCCCUGAUAAGAAGAGACUCUAAGGACAGAGGGAUUAGCAAUGGUGAACUGCUCCCAAGGAGAGACAGCAAAGACCGGAAUGGGGGUCAUGGAAUGGAGCCUUUACUGAAGCCGGACAGCAAAGACAGAGAGAGACUAUUAGACCAACCGCCUGAGCUGUUACCAAGACAAGACAGCAAGGAAAGGUCUAGAAAUGAUGGGGAGGCUAGAUAUGAAAACAGAGAGCGACUGUUGGACCAACCACCUGAGCUCCUACCUCGACAGGACAGUAAAGAGAGACCCAGGAAUGGAGUGGACUCAAAAUACGAAAAUAGAGAUAAACCGCCUGAGCUUCUACCAAAACAGGACAGCAAAGACAGAGUGAGAACUGGAACUGAACAUAAGUAUGAUAACAAAGACCAUCGCCUGGAAAUGCUACCUCGACAGGAUAGCAAGGAGAGUGCAAGGAAUGACCUGGAACAUACCUGGCACAAUGGUAGAAUAGAACCCUCAGCUGAGGUCCGACAAGAAACAUCCAGAAGCGGCAACAGCAAAGACAGAUUUAGCUGUAGCUCUGAAUCCAAACAUGAGGGUAGAGAUCGGAGCGCUCUUGAUGGAGGAGAUAUCCCUCCUCCUUUACCCAGGCACGACAGUAAAGAUCUAAGCAGAAAUGGACUUGAAGUGAGACGAGAUAGCAAAGACAGAAGUAUGAACGGCCCAGAGCACCACCAUCAUGAUGGUAGAGGCACCAAAAGCCCAACAGGACUCGAGUACAGAGGUGAUCAUAAAGAAAGAGGCUACAGGUCAGAGGGAACACCUCGUAGAGAAAAGACAAAUUACAACACAGACCAAUCAAAAGCACAAGAGAGGAAUGGCAGUGCCACGUCAGGACAACAGUCAUCUACAACCACACCUACUCACCAUGGAAGAAGGGGUAGUAGCCCACCUGUGACUGUGGGACCAGGAAAUGAUGUAAAAGCAGCACCUAAAUAUGGCCGCUCACCGUCCAUGCCUGCCAACCCUUCGCCACUGGGCACUCCUCAAAGGAGAGUAACGGAAACACAUCAAGCUCAGAUGCCCCAGAUGCCGUGGAUAUGUGGCGAUGCCACCAUGCUCGAGCAGAUCGAGAGGAAACGCACCCUGUGUAUGGAGAUCUGCUCCAGACAGCAUCCACACCUGCAGAAGUAUUUAGAGAGGCCUCCUCCCAGCAGGAGUGAAGACAAGAAUCAGGAGCGGAACCCAUGCAAGCAAGAAAAUGCAGCCAUCCUCCCGGGCUGUGGGAAGAACAGUGGGGCCAAAAAAAUUCGUCCUCCACCAUACCCCACACAGACAACUGUAUUCUGGGACACGGCCAUCUGACAGGAAUAACAGCACAUUCCUGCCAUCCAACCUUUAAUUAUCCACCCCUCUCUCUGCUGUAGCUUGCGUUGAUUCAAACCCUGCAGAGCCUGUACAACGUGAGUGCACAAGGAGGAAGAUUCUCUGCUGAUGUCAAAGGACGAUGUUGGUUACCAUAGCAAUAUUUCUGCUUUUUCAGGUCGUCACGUUUUCUUAUCAUCACUGGUGAUAUUUGAUAUUUUUCUAUUUCUUGUGAGCGGAUUCUUGUAAUAUAAUUAGUAGAACAGAUAUUUGAUGAAUAGAUAUUUUCUAAAUCAGAUGGGAAAUAAAAAGCAUCUUAAAUUAAGUAUAAUGUAGAUGCAAUCUAAUGGGUUUUUUUUGUUUGUUAUAUUUGUUUUAUUUUACAUCUGAAAGCAUAAUCUAUCAAUACCUUGUACUGUAGUAGCAUAAUUUUCUUAUGCCCAAUUCUUUUGGUGCUGCAAAGCAGUACAAAGAAUGGCUUAAUUCUGUCUAAAUACACUUUUACAAUUUCACUGUUGUAUUGUAAGUGGAGGAGUGGUAUGAGCGUGCAUUAGAUUUCGCCACCCUCAUGUCCGUCCUAGAACAGGUACAGAAAUGUUGUGCGCUUUGGUUUGUGUAUAACAGCAAGAAACUGUGUACUCACUAUUUCAAAGCCUUUUUGAAGCAGUAGAAACUUGUUUUAUAGGAAAACCGGUUGGUUGGCAUGUUGUAGAGAACAGUGUGACGUGUUUUUUGCUGUUCUCUAACACAGUAUACACUAUAAGGGUAGGUUGGGGAAGGUAGUAAAUUAGAAUAAACAUUAUUUAUGGUAUAAUUUCCUAAAACAGCCAAAGCCUGUUACAGUUGGAUUAUGGGUGUGGUUGCACUUUGGACCGUUGGUUAAUUGAAGUGGGUUUGGUGGCAAAAGCUUCUCUUUUUUAAUUUAAUUUUUUUUUUUUUUUUUUUUGCCAUGCACACUAUGAGCACCACGACACAGUGCAACAUACUUGAUGCUGACAGCCAGUCCGUACAAUCAACACCUGAGCUUUUAUUGCAUUUCUUAAUUUUACUGCAGAUUAUAAUAUAGCCAUAUGCACUUGCUGAACAAAUAUUGUUCAAGAUGAUACUUAUAUAUAUUUUUGAAAAUGUUUUGAACCAUGUCAUUUUCAUUUACUGGCUGGGAGGUAAAACCUCAGGAGAUAUCGACUGUCUGGGAUGCACAGUAAUCUGUAAUUAGUUGUCUUGAGAAAAUAUUUCCAAACAAAUUGCCUGCUGAUUGACAACCAUUUUAAGUAAUUGUAUAAGGAUAUAUAUAUAAAAAUAAAAACCAUGGCAGCAACUCUGCUAGGUUAAAAAAACAAGGGUUGCACAAGGGCCUACAAAUUUUUGAGAGUUAAAAAAACUGCACUACCUUUCCUCUUCCAUCACACUGAAUCAGGCUGGUAGCAUACAGUGCAUGUGUCUCCCCCUUCUCUCUCCCUCUACCUCAACUUCCUUCUUACAUCAUCAAAAUUGAUUCCUCUUGCACACGACAUGCAAUGUCUGCAUUGCCAAAACAGUAUAGGUUGGAUAAAUGAGCUAACCCUCAGUGCAGUAGCCCCCUUUCUAAUAAGAAUCAGCUACAUCACCCGACCCCCACCCCUGCACGUUGUUGCUGUGUGCGUGUGAGGGAGAGAGCCUCGCGUGUGUGAUUGUGUGCCAAGUGACUCUGUAUGCAAGACAAAUCUAAAAAGAAAAAAGCAAGAAAAAUGAUUGUUUUAAGACAUUCAUGUCACCUUAUCCAUGUUGUUGCUGGAUGGAGGUUGGAAAUGUCCUACUAAUGAUGAUGUACAAUCUUUUUUGUGUGUAUAAACGUGCACUGUGAAAAGGUAGAGAGAGCACCGCACCGUCAGAGUCCUCUGUCUUAUUGCACUGAGUGUUCUCUUGUUUUGCAUAAUAAAAAAAGAAAGAAAAAG